AUGCCUCGGACAAGGCAGAGAGUCAGACACGUGAGAUUCCGGCCACAGACACGGCCUCGGGUUGAUGGGUUACAAGAGGAGACGGAACACCCUGGGCCCUCUUCCCAGAGCACAUCCUUUAACGCCUUUGGCUCUGGCAACCAAAACAACGCUCCUGGCGGUACUCAGAAUAUUAGCGAAGGUGACGGUCCCCAUCUUCCUGGAGCCACUUUCCACGGUUCUGUGUAUUUUGGCACAAAGGAACACUUCGAUCCGUUACAAGAAUGCUUAAAAUCGCUGGCUUUUCCAGAUAUAAACAGUCGGUUCCACGACAUCGAUGCUGCCGCACAGGGAACAUGCGAGUGGCUACUUCGACACAAAAUGUACACGAGCUGGGCCACUUGUGGUCGAGGCCUGCUUUGGAUUAAAGGGAAGCCCGGUUCUGGGAAGUCGACGUUGCUGCGAUACGCUCUGAACAAGGUUAUGGAAAUACCCAACAUCAGAGAGAGCGCCUUGAUCCUCUCAUUCUUCUUCCACGGCCGUGGCUCUGAACUCCAAAAGACGUCGUUGGGCCUCUUCAGGUCGCUCCUUCACCAACUCCUCCGCCAGGUCCCUGAGGCACUGACAGACCUUGUGGCCACUUUCCAACAACGGUGCGAAACUGUUGGCAAGGCGGGUGAACAGUGGCAGUGGCAUCCGCGAGAGCUGCAAUGCUUCUUCGAGCCGUCGCUUCUGAAGAUUUUAGAGCGUUGCUCGGUCUGGUUAGUUGUCGAUGCGUUGGACGAAUGUGGCGAGAAGACUGCGGUCGAGCUAGUCGAGGGGUUCAAGUCCUUGCUCCAGAGGCUCCCGUCCAUCGGCUUGAAGCGCAUUCACAUCUGCUUCACUUGUCGUCACUAUCCGAUUCUGCCAGACCUGGAUGGUGCGCUCCAAAUAUGCACAGAAGAAGAAAACAGGAAAGAUAUAUCGACGUUUGUGCAGGACAAGCUCAUAUCGUUCUCAUCCACGAUUCGGGACUUGAUCACGAAACGCUCCGAGGGCGUUUUCCUGUGGGCAUGGCUUGUGGUGAACCAAGUUCUGAAGCUUCACCGAGAGGGUGUUGGGCUAAAGAAGAUCGAGGCCGAAAUCCGUUCGGUCCCUCAGGAGCUUGACAACUUAUACCGCGAACUCAUCCAAAACAUGGGCUCGGACUCUCUGAAACUCAUCCAAUGGAUCUGCUUUGCAACGCGGCCCUUGUCAUUAGACGAAUUGCGAUGGGCUAUGAUCGUCGAGACCGAUUGCCUAUACCGGUCAUUAUACGAAUGCCAGAGCGCAGGGGACUACCCAUCCGAUAACGACGGGAUGAAGAGGCGAGUUCAGACGCUGAGCUGCGGCCUUGCUGAGGUCACGUCCUAUAUGAAGGUUCAGCUCAUCCACCAGUCCGUCAAGGACUUUUUCAUCGACAAGGGCCUAUCGGCUCUGGACGAGUCCGCCAAAGCCGACUUUGUAGUCGGAAUCGCACACCAUCGGCUUUCUAGGACAUGCAUACGCUACUUGGCGAUGGAGGAGAUCGGUCGGUUAGCAAGUCACGAGCCUUGGGGCUUGAGAUCCAAGUUUCCUUUCCUGCAUUAUGCCACGACCUCGUGGGUGGCGCACACGAAGCAAAGUGAUGCUAGAAGUGUCCCCCAAGAGGAUCUUCUGGAAUAUUUCGCAGGGCCAUCAAAUACUCUUGUGGAACGAUGGGUGCGUAUUUAUAGAAUAUUGGAGACAUAUUCUGAUGACUGUCCGCCAGAAGGGACUAGUCUAGUACACGUUAUGUUGAGGUAUGGAGUGGCAGGAGCGUUGUGGGCCAUUUUGGAAAGGGCAGACCAAGUUGGCAUUAAUAUCGACGCCAAAGAUUCGGAUGGCCAGACGCCGCUAUGGAUGGCCGCCGAGCGUGGGGACAAGGCCAUCGUGGGGCUGCUCCUCGACCGGGGCGCCCAUACCGAGGCAGCGGACAAGGAGAGGGGCCGGACGCCGCUGUGGUGGGCCGCCGCGAACAGGGACGAGGCU